CGACGACGAAGAUGAUGGACCAUGGCGACCUCGACCUGAGCUUCCCGAACCGCAACAGCACGCUCGUGCCCACGGAGCGCAGCCUCAUCGCGGACCGCAAGGCCAACAUGGAGAGCCUCCGGGUUCCGCCCAAGACGUCGGCCGAGCUCGGGCCCGGGUGCCAGCCCACGCUGCACCAGUUCCUGCCGGCGUACGAUGUGCAGGCCUACGUGCGCUUUGCCAAGAUCCCGCUGCAUAUCAAGAACGCCAAGUACCCGAGCUUCGAGGCCACGGGCGAGCUGCCCCAGCUGCGCGAUGGUCAUUAUCUUCUCGCCAAGGACGACAUCAUCAUGCACCUCCAAACGUACCACACCGACAUUGACGGGCACCUCAGCGCCGUCCAGAAGGGCGAGUCGCUUGCGUUCAAGAGCAUGGUCCAGGAGAAACUCCAGCGUGUCCUGCACUACUGCCGAUGGGUCGACCCGAUCACGUACAAGGAGGUGACGCGGCCGGCGGUGCAGCGCGUGCUGCCGUUCCCGCUCAACCGGGUCUUGCCCAAGAAGAUGCAUCACGCGAUGACGUCCGAGCUCGCGACCGCGGGGUAUGCGAGCCAAGAGCAGGUCUACGUCGCCGCGCGCGACUGCUACGCCGCCCUCAACGCACGUCUCGGCGACGGCCCCUUCUUCUAUGGCGCAGCGCCCACGUCGCUCGAUGCGAUUGUGUUUGGCCACCUCGUCGACGCGCUCAGCGACGUCCAGCUCCGGGACGUGGUGCACAUUCAUGGCCCGCGCCUCCUCUCGUUCGCUGAGACGGUCCGGUCGACGUACUUUGGCUCGAAAGCCAUGGGCAGUCUCUGGACCGAGAACGUUCCGAGCCCGUUCUUGACCCUUGCGACGGCCUUUAUGGGCGACUUUGCGACCGUGCCGCUCGCGGCGUACGUGCAGCCGUACCAGAGUCUGAGCUGGAGCAAGCGCGAGGUCGCCAAAGAAGAAGUGGUGCACGAGGUCCCGCACGACGACCCUGCCCAGCACGUGGUCUACGACAAGAGCUCGCGCAAUGUGCUCUUUGGCGGUCUGCUAGCGAUCGUCCUCUACGGCCUCUCGCAGCUCUCGUUCAGCAUUGAGAGCUUUGCGGACGCGUACGAUGACGACGAGUAUGACGAGUUCGAGGACGGAUAUGACGAGGAUGACGCGUAAGACGACGACGACGAUACUGCAUCCAUCCAUGUAUACUUGCUCGU